CAAGGACUCGAUAUUCAUCAUGAAACAGUAAAGCAUGCUGAAAAUUUUGUUAAUCCUGUUACGGACGUCCAUACUCGAAGUAUUAAACGAUUGUGGGGUUAUUUAAAGAACAAAAAGAAUUUUCCAAUUCAUUAUACCGACGAUCUGUGCGAUUCUUAUUUAUGUGCCUUUAUGUAUAAAAAGCUUUUGAAAUGGAAAACAUUAAAACCAGGAGAACGAUUUGAAUUGUUUCUUCAGCAUUUAAGUAAGAUUUAUCCUGGAGCCAGUCGUGUGCCAAUAUGAAAGGAACCAGAAACUGUUCCCUCAGCCCCAAAAGCUAUCACCACGAAGGAAAAUGUAAAGAGAAAAAAAGAAGAAACGUGUGUUAAAAGCAAAGGGAAAGAAUCAACUGAAUUAACAAAGCAGGAUGCCACUACUGAUGUCAGAGAAUCUACUUUUAUGUACAAGAAGCAUAAUAAAAUGGAGUAAAACUAUAUUAAUUUUAAUUAUGGAGAGUGAAUUUCAACAGAGUUUUAAUAUAAGGGAUAGUUUUGGUUGUAAUAAUGCAAUAGAUUGUAAGAAAGAAGAAAUAAACAAGAAUUACAGUAUUAAAUCAGACUGUCGAGUUGUUUUGAAAAGAUUGAAUAUUAAAGUAAAGAUUGAAGAUUGCAGCAAAGUUCACUUCCAAGAUGAAUAUUUAAAGCUUACGGAAAAGAAUAAAUUCUUCACUCCUGAGAAAAUAUUUAAUGAAGCAAAGAUCCAAAUUAAGGAGAAAGAACAGAGUGAGAAAUAUGAUAAUCAGCAUUAUCCCAAAACAGCAAAAUGUUAUAAAUACAAGAUCGAUGGGAGGAGGUACAAUUUUUCAAAUAAAAAAUUUGAUAAAAUCCAAAUGAAUAUUAAAAAGAAAUACUUCAAGGUAAUGUGCACAUCUCUUUCUAAAGAAGACUUCAUGUGUAAUUUAUGUACUCAGAUGUUCACAAAUUACAAGGUAUUGCGAGCCCAUCUGUUCUUUCAUGUUGGAAACAAACCGUUUCACUGCACAACCUGUAAUCGAAUGUUUUACUGGGAAUUUCUUCUGCGAAGACACAGGAAAGAACAUGAAAUUGAAAAUCAAAUCCAAAUUGAUAAUAAAAAAUUUGAGUUGCAGUCAUCUUCAAAAUACCUUCUAGAACCUGUCGAACAGUGGAAGCCAUUUCAAUGUGACAUUUGUGGUAAGCGCGUUAUGACAUUUAGCCGACUAGAGAUGCACCAUAAAACACAUUCAUCUUAUACUUGUAAAAUAUGUGAAAAGGAAUUCAGACAGGAAUCUCAUUUGAGAAAUCAUCUGAUAAUGCAUAGCGAAGACAGACCUUUCAAAUGUGAUAUUUGUAAUAAGCGUUUUAAAACAAAAUGCAAUUGGAAAUAUCGUAAAGCAGUUCAUAGCGAUAAAAGUGACUAUCGUUGUGAGCUAUGUAAGGCGAGUUUUAAAGCAGAACAGCCUUUAAGCAACCACAUGGAAAAACAUAGCAAGUACGACUAUUCUUGUGAAAUCUGUAACAGACCUUUUAAAUCAAACAACUCUCUGUGUAAUCACAGAGCAAGACAUGGUAAUAAAUGUAAAUACUUUUGAGAGAAGUGAAAAGCAAGCCUUACGUAUAAAAAUAAUUUUAUAAGACAUUGCUGUUAGGGAUUGCAUUACCGAUAAAUGGGUAAAAAUUGGUUGGUAAAUAUACUGAAAAGAUAUUUUUUACUGGUAAAAUUGGUAAAAAUUAUUCAGAUGUAUCAUAAUAUUUUAAAGUCAAAUAUUUAUUUUUAUAUACUUUCGAUAUUUAUUUCUUUGUAUAUAUUAAAGACAUUUUUAAAGAAUUGUAUUAUAGCACUUAGCUGGACAGUUUAGCAAUUUGAUUCUUCAUUAUAAUGCCUAGAGUGCAAUAGCCAGUUUGGUUGACAAAAUGGAACAUUUAUUUGAAUGCGACCACUAGAAAUGGCCACUUUUAACCUAUUUGAUGUUGAAAUUUUUAUUUGUUGCCUGUGACGCCAUGUUGAAUUUUCGUGGAUGUUAAAUUUUUGUUUAAAUAAUAAUUGUGUUUACUAUAUC